AUGACCACAACUCCCCAGAUCCCCGCCCCGGCUCACACGCUCGCGGAUUCCAUGUUGUCCCGCCACUUCGGAAGAGAGACAGUGAACUACUUCUCCAGCUCUCCGAUUAACCGUCUAUCAUUCCUGCGCUCUGACCACCCAUUCCUCUCCGCGGCCUUGAAGCACCCGUCUGCCCGAUUCGUCCUCUUGAACAACCUUGCGCCUUUAACUCCGUCGCCUGCGCAGCUGCACUUUGCUAAGUAUGAUGAGGUGCGCAAGCUUGUGCCGAAUGACAUCUUCGAUGUCUCUGAGGAGGAUAUGAUCAAGAACUAUGAUUCGCGCAAGACGCGUCCUACCUUGAUCUUCCUCGGUCUGGACGAGAGUCUUAAGGAAGGUGGAUUUACAUGGAAGAUUUACUCCGGGACACCUUAUUUUGCAGUCGAUGUGACGCCCAGGGGCUCGGAAGAACAGCAGACUGCAGCGAAGGAUGUGAUUAGUGCCAUGGAGGCGAAGGGACUGUCUUUCUUCCAGGCGCGGGUUGUCAUGUCCUUCUCUGCCGAUGAAGCCGCUAUCUAUGCCCAGGCGCGCGCCCUGAUGGACUGGAAUACCCGCAAUACCUUCUGCGGAACGUGCGGACACCCCACACUAGGCGUGAACGCAGGCACAAAGCGUGCAUGCCCACCAACAGACAUCGCCCUCGCAGCCACCGGCAAGACGGAAGAAAGACCAGCCUGCAACACCCGCACGACACUGUCAAACCUCUCCUUCCCGCGCACCGACCCGACGAUCAUCGUAGCGGUCGUCUCCGCCGACGGAAAGCGCAUCCUCCUCGGCCGGUCGAAGCGCUUCCCACCAAACUGGUACUCAACACUAGCCGGCUUCAUCGAGCCAGCUGAGUCAAUUGAAGAUGCCGUGCGGAGAGAAGUGUGGGAGGAAGCAGGCGUGACGCUGUCGCGGGUUGUUAUUCACUCGUCGCAGCCUUGGCCGUAUCCUGCCAACUUGAUGAUUGGCGCUAUUGCCCAGGUUAGUGAUCCGGCUCAUGAGACGAUCUCUCUGCAGCAUGAUCCUGAGCUAGAGGAUGCGAAGUGGUUUGAGAUUGAGGAGGUUGAGGAGGCUUUGAGAAUUGGGACUAGUGACCUGAGUGCUCAGGCUGGGCCGGAGUAUAAGGAGGGUGGUUUGCGGUUGCCGCCUCCUACUGCUAUUGCUAAUCAGUUGAUUCGGGCUGCUGUUAGUGCCGAGUAUUUUGCUGUUGAUAAGCAGUCUAAGAUUUAG